ACAGACCAGAGUAGCCAUUACUAGCAGUAACAAGACUAAAUACAAUUUGUAUUAAGAUGGUGUUUCUCACGGUAGUGAUAUUGGCAGUCGUUGUAAGUGUACUGUAUUAUUACUUCACAAGAACUUUCUCUUAUUGGAAGGACAGGUAUGUUACCGGACUGAAACCUACACCAUUUUUUGGAAACAUGUAUAGAUCUACAAUGCGAUACGAUACAAUGGGUGUAGUUUUUAAAAACAUAUACGAAAGUUUCCCAGGAGAGAAAGUGGUGGGAAUGUUCAGGAUGACAACUCCAACGCUCUUGGUGCGAGACCUCGACAUUUUAAAGGAUAUAUUGGUAAAAGAUUUUGACAAUUUUGUGGAUCGAGGCUUGGAGUUCAGCAAAGAAGGGCUAGGACAAAACCUGUUUCACUCCGACGGAGAGACAUGGCGAGGACUAAGAAGUCGAUUUUCACCCAUAUUUACAAAUUCAAAGUUGAAGAAUAUGAUGUAUUUGCUCAACGAUCGAGCUGAUAAGUUCGUUGAUUACGUAAGUGAGAUGAUAGCGACGACACCCGAGCAAGAUAUCCACGGAUUAGUACAAAAGUACACAAUGUCAACGAUAACUGGGUGCGCCUUCGGUCUGGAUAUAGACACCUUUCGUGGAGAUGUUCAAACUUUAAAAAGAAUCGACAAGGAAAUAUUUACCCCAAAUUAUGCUGUUGAGUUUGAUAUGAUGUUCCCUGGUGUCCUGAAAAAGUUAAAUAUGUCCGCAUUCCCGGCUUACUUAGGGAAAUUUUUUAAAGAGCUUGUCGAAACUGUAACUACUCAAAGAAACGGAAAGCCGUCAAAUAGGAAAGAUUUUAUGGAUUUGAUAUUAGAGAUGAAGAAUAGAAAACAAAUUGAAAUAGUCAAAAAGCACGGUGAUGAAGAAACCAGGACGAUUGAAAUAACUAACGAUGUAAUAGAAGCACAAGCCUUCGUAUUUUACGCUGGCGGUUACGAGACCUCAGCUUCGACCAUGGGUUUCAUGCUGUACCACCUAGCAUUGGACACUAAAAUACAGGACAGAUUAAGAAAUGAGAUAGAUGAAUACCUUGAGAGACAUAGCGACAAAAUAGAACUGGACACUUUAAAUGAGUUACAAUAUUUAGAUCAAGUUUUUAGUGAAACUCUCAGGAUGUACCCGAUAGUGGAUUCUUUACAGCGAAAAGCUGGAAACGAUUACAAGUUACCAGAAGUUGAGGUUACAAUAGCUAAAGAUCAAGUUGUGAUCGCGUCUGUUUCGGGUAUUCACCACGAUGAGAAGUACUAUCCAGAACCAGAGAAGUUUGAUCCCGAAAGGUUUUCUCCAGAAAACGUAGCUGCCAGGCAUCCCUUUGCGUAUUUGCCGUUUGGCCUUGGACCGCGUCAUUGCAUUGGAAUGCGCUUCGCACGCGUGCAGUCCUGGGUGUGCAUAAUCAGAUUGCUCUCAAAGUUCCGCCUUGAAGCCGGCAAGAAUACCGUUCGCUCCUUUUCCAACAACCCAUAUCGGGUCGUGAUCGCUCCUAACAAGACCCUAUACGUGAAUGUUUACCCGCGGUAGUACCCACCUGUAAAGGAUGACUCACGCUAGACCGGGCCGGAGCUUUCCAUUUUCUAUGGUUUUUUAUUCCACCAGUGAUCACCGAUCAGCCGUCAUAGAAAAUCGACAUGUCGAACGCCUCGGCACGGACUUAGCCCGGUUGGCCUUAGGGGUUAUUCGCGGAUGGUCUAGAACGCAAAAUGACUAGUGUAGUAUUUUGUCUAAAUCGCUAUUAGUCUACAUCGCAAACCGUCUAGAACGCAAAAUGCCCACAUUAUUUUUUCCGUUUUAUCUUAACUUUAUAGCGAUGUCGACGGAGCCCCACAUCCGCGGGGCUCCUAUUCUGUGCUGUUUAGCCUUCGGCCAUUUGAAGAUACCUACCUAACGAACCUAACCUACCUAUGUAAAAUGUGGUGAUAUAAAAAGAGGGCAUUUUGCGUUCUAGACCGUUUGCGAUGUAGACUAAUUGCGAUAUAGACAAAAUAUUACACUAGUCAUUUUGCGUUCUAGACCAUCCGCGAUUGACGCGGCCUUAGUCGUUAUAAAAUUAAUUGUUAAACUAUUAGAAUUAGACCAAGAUAAGUCUGCCAUGAUCUUAAUAGCACGCACAGUGCAAGUGUUAUUUUAAACGUGAAAAACAUCGUGUGUGCUAUUAACAUCGUUGCCGACUUGUCUUGGUAUAACUCUAUCUGUUACUUAGAUAGUGAAUGAAAAUGUAUAUAUUAUUUACCUACAUUGUUUAUUGUGUUGACUGUCCUGUUUAUCAAUUUUGCCGUUUUCAAAACGACACUGACACCCAAAGUGUAGUCAGGCAUAUUUUCUAAGCAUCUGUCUGUCUGUUAUCUCUUCACGCUUAAACCGCAUAACAGGUUACCAUAA